AUGGAGGGUGAUGUGAUUGAUAGUAAAAAUCAUUUUUUAAUAUCAAUUAACGGUCAAAUAUUUUCCGGUUGUUUUCCAUAUUUAAAUGAUUUAUAUUGUAAAUAUUCUUUUGUUUGCGGUUCAGAUUGGAUUGUUAUUUCUGGUGUUGAAGAAGGAAUAUCUCAAAUAUCAAAAAAAGGAAAAGAUGAUGAAGAAUUAUUUGUUUGGAAUUUACCAUUGAGUAUAAUAUUUAAAAGUACCAAUCCUUUUGGAUGGCCGCAAUUGGUAAUAAGUGCUUACGGAUUAGAUGUAUUUGGUAAUGAAGUUGUGAGAGGUUAUGGAGUUUGUCACGUUCCAUUUUCACCAGGACAUUGUGAAAAAGUUGUUCCAAUGUUUGUUCCAGAAUCAAGUUCGACAUUACAAAAAUUUACAUCUUGGCUAACGGGUAGAAGACCAGAGUUUAUCGACCCAAGAAUAUUAACACAAGGAGAUGCCAGAGAUGUGGCGACAGUUCGUUCACAAGGUUCCACUAAAGUUGUAUUUGACGUCGCAAUAAAAGGAUUUCAAUCGUUUGGAUAUCGUUCAUCAUAA